GUUUAUAUUUAUGGAAGAGCCUAACAUUUUUUACCAAAACAAGAGAAUUUUCAAGAUACCGACGUUAAACCUCUCAGAGAUUAACUCUGGAGUACCUGACAUUGUAUCCCAGAAAGAAUAUACUAGCUUGGAUAAAAAGAGCCCUACAUUUACUCCCCUUUAUGAUAACAGUGAUUCGUUAUUGCCAUAUUUAUCACCUUCUGGAGCUACAGUGAAGGCUAAAAAGAAGAUAUUACAAAAAGUGAUUAAGAGUAAUAUGAGAACUUUUAAGGAAAACAAACAGACAAAAGCAAGACCAAUCUCUAUCAUAAAUAUCAACUUGAACCAGAAUAUUUUUGAAGGAUCAAAGAAUCAAUCCGACUCUCAAAGAUUUGUAAACUCCUCUCAGUUUGAGUAUACUCCUCGCAGGCACCCAGGAAAAGAGAAUACAUCAGGGCUGUAUGACUCAGCACAUAAGCCUUUUACUAAGAUUACGAGGCUUUCUAGCAAGUUUAAACGCGAUAGAUCAAACCCGCUUGUAAACUCAGAUCAGGAUUUUUCCUUGGACAAAAACCAGACGCUGAACAAACCCAGAUACCAUGCUUUGAUAGAUAAAGAUGCUUUAGGGCCUCGUCAGAAGAUUGCUAGAUCUCCUAAGAUAAACACUGAGAGAAUUUUGAAGAAAAACGAGAUUAACGACCUUAACAAAACAGAUAUUUACUCAAUUCCUUACGAGUUUUGGGAGAAGAAAAGAUUCCUCUCAAACUGUAGCGAGUCCAAGGACUCACACACAACCGGAGGAGGGAAGGUAACUAUCGGCCAGACCUCUAAAGAGCUGAUGAAACAAAACAAUAUUUUGCAACAGAAAAAUGAAGAUCUAAAACUAACAGUCAAAAAGCUAAGAACUCAUAAUGCAUACUUAAAGUCUAACUAUGGAAAGCUGAAUAAAACAAAGAUAGAGCUCAACCACAGGCUUGAAAAGCUACAGAUAGAUUAUGACAAAGUCUCUAAGCAGCUUGCAGGGAAAAAGGCGGAAUUUGAUAAAAAGAUGAAUAAAUAAGCAGAAAGAGUUUGACUUGACAAUCAGUCAGGUUAUGCAACAGAUGGAAGAAGAGAUCCAAAGCCGUAGAAAAGCUGAGCUCCAAUUGAAAGAACUCCAUCAUGAAGUCAGUCUAGGAGUCAGCAAAGAUACUAAGAUCAGCAUGGAUUUUGUCAAGAAACUUCUUGAGUUACGUUGUGACUCAAAUGACAAGAAGGUUCUGAAUAAGUUAGUAAAGCUUGCUCAAGGAAAAGGAAAAUCCAAGAAUAGAAUAAACACGUUAGAAGAGCUAGAUCCCAUCAUUGGAAAUGAUAUCUCUGUGUGAAUUACUCCUAUUUAUGCCAAAGGAAAGAAUAAAUUGAGAAGAUUCAGAGAGAAGAACAGAAAUGAUAGAUCAUUGUCUUCGCUUCUAGGAGAAUCUAAGUCGUGGAAAGGAUUUAAAUGAGCAAAACCAACAGAAUCAUCAAUUAAAAGAAUGAAAAAAAGCACAAGCUCAAGAAAAUUAAAGAAAAAUAGGAGAAUAAUGAAUCGUAGAAAUUCACAAAAAUAACCUAAAUUCAACACAAAAUUAAUUUUUUGUACACUUCCAAAAAAGCCUGAGUCCAAAUCCUGAUUCUAUACCUUCCCCAUCCCCAAAACCCCUAAAAAUCGCAUAAAUCCAACCAAUCCAUUCCUCUCUAUCUCCCACCCCUUUUCCAAAAUUCCCAAUAUUUCAACACCUCC